GGCAUUCUGGAGUGUGGCGGCAGCUCGGCAAGACUUGGUCCCCGGGCUAGGAAAAAGCGGAUGGCUGGGAGGUGGUGUUGGGCGCCAGCCGGGGGUGAUCAGACUGGCUCCACCAGUCCCGGUUCUGGGCUUGGAGGGAAAUUCUUUGCAGGUGAGUCGAGUCCCAGGGGUGUGUCAGGCGGGACUGGACAGACAGGACCGGAAGGUGGAACGUGAGGACCCAGAAGGGGGCUGCACCCUGAUGGGUGUCCGGUGACAGGGCCCCUCUUCUCUGAGGGCUGGCAGUCGGGGCCUCCAACCACCACUUCAGUUUUUUUGAACUCCCACCAGCUCGGGAAGAGUAACAGUGCUCAUCUCAAAGGGUCAUUGGAUGAUCGCAUGAAUCCAUCCGCAUAAAGAACUCAGAACAGCACCUGGCACGUAGGCAAUGCUCAACAAAUGUCACCUGGUCGUGAACAUACAGCUUCUCCUUUUAUUCUGUCAGGCAGGCACGGCCCCCGGCACCCCCGCCGGGCACCAUGGACUGGAAGACGCUCCAGGCCCUCCUGAGCGGCGUGAACAAGUACUCCACGGCGUUCGGGCGCAUCUGGCUGUCGGUGGUGUUUGUCUUCCGCGUGCUGGUGUACGUGGUGGCUGCAGAGCGCGUGUGGGGGGACGAGCAGAAGGACUUUGACUGCAACACCAAGCAGCCGGGCUGCACCAAUGUCUGCUACGACAACUUCUUCCCCAUUUCCAACAUCCGCCUCUGGGCCCUGCAGCUCAUCUUCGUCACGUGCCCCUCGCUGCUGGUCAUCCUGCACGUGGCCUACCGCGAGGAGCGCGAGCGCCGCCACCGCGAGAAGCACGGGGACCAGUGCGCCAAGCUGUACGCCAACGCGGGCAAGAAGCAUGGCGGCCUGUGGUGGACCUACUUGUUCAGCCUCAUCUUCAAGCUCGUCAUCGAGUUCCUCUUCCUCUACGUGCUGCACACUCUCUGGCACGGCUUUGGCAUGCCGCGCCUGGUGCAGUGUGCCAAUGUGGCGCCCUGCCCCAAUGUCGUGGACUGCUACAUCGCCCGGCCCACCGAGAAGAAGGUCUUCACCUACUUCAUGGUGGGGGCCUCUGCGGUCUGCAUCGUGCUCACCAUCUGCGAGAUCUGCUACCUCAUCUUCCACAGGGUCCUGCGGGGCAUAACCAAGAACAAGUCCCCCAAAAACCGCAGCCUCCCAUCCUCCACCAGCCGGGCCUCUACCUGCCGCUGCCACCACAAGCUGGUGGAGGCCGGGGAGCUGGGCUCCGACUCUGGUGACGACAAGAGGCACGCGUCAGCACCCACCAUGACCCCUAUCUGACCACAGGCUGGGGAGAGGCCCUGGGUGCCCCCCCCACCCCGUUGAAUUCCCUAAUCUAUCCAAUUUCAUUUCUGGCAGACUUCCUGAGCACUGGGCACUGCGCUGUCUGCCUGGGUGUAAGUCUCCUACCCCAGAGCCGGCCAGCCCUGGGUGGGGACAGACACUGAAACAAGCAAAUUAGCUACUGCAUGCAAGGGGACACUGAGGGGACUUGCACCUAACCCAGGAGGGGGUGCCCAGGAGAGGCUUUGCUGAGGAAGUAAUGUUUGAGAGAGGUGGGAAGCGCUUCCCAGCGGAGACAACAGCAGGUGCAGAGGCCUGGAGGCCACAAAACAGGAGAUACUUGCCCUGGUUGGAGGCACCAGAUCAAAGGGAAUCUCCAUUUCCUUGGAGACUUCUGGGGAGGGAAGGAAAUAGUCGCUAAGCAGUGGGAGGUCUGAGGCCUGAGAGUGAGCUUGUGACGAGAAGCAGGAGGAGGCGACUCGAGCCCCUGCCUGAGAUAUGCAAGGACCCUCCCAGUCCCCACUGCCUUCAGGGGAAGCCCCCCUCUGCCCAAUCCUCCUCCCCCCAGGUUCAGACAGCUUUGCUCCCAUCUUCUCCCCAUAAAUGUGCUCAACCUGGUGCCAGCCUCCCAGACUAUGCUCCCAGAGACUGGAGGUAGAUGUUCCUUGAAAUCAAUAAAGGCUCUGUUUUAUACAGGUUGGCUCCGUCCUCUGUUCUCCACUCCCACCCACGAGACCUGAGGGCAGGGAAGGUAGCCCUCAGGAGGGGAGAGAGCUAUAUGUCUGUGGGUGAGGCUAGGAUGGGGCUGUGGCCAAGGCUGGAGCAGAAGCUGGGCUGGGGCGGGGGUUGACCCACGUGGGGAUGUGGGACGGAACCUCCCAAUAUAUAUGUUGUGAUUAUAGGUAUGGUCACAAGAGGGCGCUGUGCUCCCUCUGCAACUGAGCUUCCAGCAUUUAUAGUAAGACCCUGCCCUGAGCACGCGCAGGAUCAACUGUCCUCUCUGUAGACAAGUCACACCCCCUCCACCUUUAUAACCCAAUCACUGCCAUCAACAACCCACAUCCCCACCCUGUGUACACAAAAUUCCUGUUAUUCAUACUCUCACUCUUUAUAUAUGCUCACAACAGCCCGGUUUUCUCUUCUAAAGACGUGAGUCUCAGC